AUGGAGCUUUUCCAAGCCAAAGAUCACUACAUCUUGCAACAGGAGAACCGGGCGCUCUGGUGUAGCCGCGCCGACGGCAGCCUCCAGCUCCGACCCGCUACUGAUCUUCUUUUGGCUUGGAAUCCAAUUUGUCUGGGUUUGAUCGAAGGAAUUAUUGGCAAAAUUCAGCUUCAUACAGAUUUGCCUUGGUGGUUGCUUCUAAUUCGCCAAAAAGUAGUUGUUGGCAAGCUUCCAGGAGAUCAUGAUGUAUGUAAAAUUACGAAAAUAGUUGCAAUACCACUUUCUGAAGCAGAACCUCAGGAUCUGGACUUGGAGCCCUGUAAAAAACAUCAUUUUGGAAUAUAUAAAACAGAGAAAAUUACACAGUCUCCAGAUGAUUCUAAAUUUCUGCUGAGAACCUUCACUCAGAUAAAAACAAAUGUUUCCUCUUCUAAUAAAAAGAAGGUUAAAGAAAGCAAAGAGAAAGAAAGACUGGAGAGACGUCUGUUGGAAGAACUGUUCAAAAUGUUUAUGGAUGCCGAUUCUUUUUAUUAUAGUUUGACUUAUGAUUUAACAAACUCUGUACAAAGACAAAGUGCAUGUGAGAAGACUAACUUGCCCCUCUGGAAAAAGGUUGAUGAUAGAUUCUUUUGGAAUAAGCACAUGAUUGAAGAUCUAAUAAACCUUGGACAAUCUGAAGUGGACUUUUGGAUUAUCCCAGUCAUUCAGGGAUUUGUGCAAAUUGAAGAACUUGUAGUUAAUUACAGUGAAACAUCAGAUGAGGAGAAAAGCAGCCCUGAAACACCAUCUCAGGAGCCUGUUUGUGUAGAUUACAUUCAUCCAAGUUUUCUUGUGGCACUUAUCUCACGGAGGAGCCGCCACAGAGCGGGGAUGCGUUACAAACGAAGAGGAGUGGAUAAAAAUGGGAAUGUAGCAAAUUAUGUAGAGACUGAACAGUUGAUCCAUGUUCAUAAUCACACCCUAUCUUUUGUUCAGACAAGAGGCUCUGUGCCUGUUUUCUGGAGUCAGGUUGGUUAUAGAUACAACCCACGGCCACGUCUUGAUAAGUGUGAGAAAGAAACUGUUACUUACUUCUGUGCACAUUUUGAAGAACAAUUAAACAUUUAUAAAAAACAGAUUAUUAUUAACCUAGUGGACCAGACUGGACGAGAAAAAAUUAUUGGUGAUGCUUACCUUAAACAAGUUUUAUUGUACAAUAAUCCAAGACUUACAUACGUUUCAUUUGAUUUCCAUGAACAUUGCCGUGGAAUGAAAUUUGAAAACGUUCAAACCCUUACGGAUGCAAUUUCUGACAUAAUCACUGAUGUAAAGUGGUGUUGGGUGGAUCAAGCUGGUGUAAUUUGUAAACAAGAAGGAAUUUUCCGUGUUAACUGUAUGGAUUGUCUGGAUCGAACCAACGUUGUCCAAGCAGCAAUUGCUCGUGCCGUUAUGGAACAGCAGCUGAAAAAAUUAGGUGUAAUGCCCCCAGAACAAGCAUUGCCAGUGAAGUGCAAUAGAAUUUAUCAGAUCAUAUGGGCUAACAACGGUGAUGCUAUAAGCAGACAAUAUGCUGGAACAGCAGCUUUAAAGGGUGACUUCACAAGGACUGGUGAAAGGAAGCUGGCAGGAGUUAUGAAAGAUGGUGUUAACUCUGCAAAUAGAUACUACUUAAACCGCUUCAGAGAUGCUUAUAGACAAGCAGUCAUAGAUUUAAUGCAGGGCAUUCCUGUGACAGAAGAUCUCUAUUCCAUAUUUACUAAAGAAAAAGAGCAUGAAGCCUUGCACCAAGAAAAUUUGAGAAGUCAUCAGGAAUUGAUUAGCCAAUUAUUGCAGAGUUACAUGAAAUUGCUUUUACCAGACGAUGAAAAAUUUCAUGGUGGUUGGGCACUGAUUGACUGUGACCCCAGCCUUAUUGAUGCUACUCAUAGAGACGUGGAUGUUCUUCUUCUACUUUCUAACUCUGCAUACUAUGUAGCCUACUAUGAUGAUGAAAUUGAUAAAGUCAAUCAGUAUCAAAGGCUGACCCUUGAAAAUUUGGAGAAGAUAGAAAUAGGACCUGAACCAACAUUCUUUGGAAAACCCAAGUUCUCAUGCAUGAGGCUUCAUUAUAAAUACAAAGAUACAAGUGGGUACUUCCAUACACUUAGAGCUGUGGUGCGCAGCCCUGAAGAGGAUGGCAAAGACACUCUUCAGUGCAUUGCAGAAAUGCUGCGAAUCACCAAGCAGGCCAUGGGAUUAGAUGUCCCCAUUAUUGAGAAAAAACUGGAGAGGAAGAGCAGCAAACCACAUGAGGACAUCAUUGGGAUCAGAUCCCAGAACAGAGGUUCUUUGGCCCUGGGGAAGAAUUACUUAAUGAACAAGUUUUCAUCUCUUAAUCAAAAAGUGAAACAAACCAAAUCCAACGUAAAUAUCAGCAAUCUUAGAAAACUGGGAAACUUUACGAAGCCUGAAAUGAAAGUCAAUUUCUUAAAGCCCAAUCUGAAAGUAAAUCUUUGGAAAUCUGACAGUAGUCUUGAAACCAUGGAAAAUGCCAUGACUGAUACUAAUGCCAAUAUAGAAUCGGAUAUUGAGAUCUCGUCUGAUAACGACUCAUUCCAUUCAGAUGAUUUCCUGACAAAUUCCAGAUCUGAUGAUGACCAGCAAUUCAUGGACUCUUUAGAGAAUGGACAAGUAGAUUAUGUCUUACCUAGCUGUGGUAUCAUUGCAUCUGCUCCUCGAUUAAAUAGUCGCUCCCAAUCUAUGAGCAGCACUGAUAUCAACAUUAGCAUUCCUGUUCCUUCAGACAUCCAUGUUACGCAAUCUGGACACCAAAUGAACAAUGAAUGUGAAGGCAAAACUUUUCAAGAAGCUCUUUCUGCUGAAAAUACAACACUAGAUGUCACUAAACAGAUUGAUGUUUACUGUCACAGAUUUGUCCAGGAUGCUAAAAUUAAGAUGAACAACAGUGUUUCAGAAUGUGAGAGAGGUUCUCAAGAACUCCAAGAAGUGGCACAUAAUAUUAGCAAUAAUGCUUCUAAGGCAAUUGAUUGUUUGGGAACUAAUAAGGCUCCUUCUAGACCAUCUAAACUGGAUGUAUCGUUUUCAGAGACAGGACCACAAUAUUUAGUGGUUGAACAGAUGAAUUUAUUUAAGUCUUAUAAAAGCCCAGGCUCCUCAUCUAUUGUUCUUGAAGCUGAGUCAGGGUUUCAUGCAACUCCUUCACCAGCGGAAAAUAAUGGUAGCAGGGCCGUCUCUCCCUUUGCAAAGAUACGCAAUUCAAUGGCACAAGUAGCUAACAUUACACAAGCUGGCUUAACCCAAGGAAUCAACUUCGCUGUGGCUAAAGUCCAGAAGAGCCCAGCUGAACCAGAAACUAUUAAUGAAAGUCAGCAAAAUGAAUUGAAAGAAAUGUUUACCCAGUGUCAAACACGAAUAAUUCAGAUUUAGAGCUCAAGAUCCUGUUGUAUAUACUAUUGAACAAAUAUUGUUUGUAACAUAAAUUCUAGGGAAGGGCAAACUGAAUUUUGUUAAGAAUACCA